UAACACAGAAGGGACCGACAAUUUAGUUCAAGCGAAGCGUUAUAGUCGACUCUGGACGUAUUCGACCCAUCAUCAGUUAAUAUACGGGUUUACCGGAGAAAAAACUCGGGACUUCGUUUUUGGUUCGAGCGUUGCAGUGUGAUCGACCCUUCCGGGUCGAGCCAACGAAAUUCUACUGUAUAUAUAUUGUGCCCAAAUUAGUGAGAUCUAAAGCCCCGAGUACCAGUGCCACUAAUGCAACAGCUGUGAAGGGUGAACUAUUUUUACAUGAAGUCUAUUUAGUCGUCAACAUAUUUUGGCUUCUUGCACAACCAGAUUCAUCUGACAUCUUAAAGAAAUACAACUAUUUUCCCUAGUUAAACGACUAAUGGCCGAAUUGAAACAGUUACCUGACGGAUGGACGUACUUUUGUUAUAUAAUACAUGAUGAAACUGAAGACGCAAGUAAAAAGGCAUAUUUCGUUUUAAACAAACUUGAAGAGUUUGGAUAUGAUAAGAACUAUUUGAAAGAUCGUGAUGCUAAUGCUGGAAGUCUUGAGAUUACAGUACAUUUUGAUGGAUUGGAAAAAUCGCUCUUUGUCAUAGUAAUUUUAACGCCUGGUUUUGUUACACUCGUGUGGAACCGAUACCGCUCCAAUACAGCCUUGUUUGAGAUUUUGAAAGACCCACGAACAUGUCGUCUGCUGCCUAUUGCCUUUGGAAUCAAACAAGAUCAGUGGCCACGUGAACUGAACGGUAUUGAAGGGCUGCUUUUAAUGGAGAGUGAUUGGGAAAAAGAAAGCAAAGUAUGGGAUCAGCUGAACGAUAUUCUCAGGGAUAAGAUAGAAUGCAUAAAUGAAAAUAGAGAAUCAGAAAACAGUGGUGACCAGUCAGCCCCACCAGAAAUCAAUGUCAAAGAGAAUUAUGACUACAAACAUACUUAUGUUCUUCUGGUGGCUGCAGUGGGAGCGUUCCCGGAAGAGACAGACAUUUUUAAUAAUGACCUGGAGCUGAUGAAAGCGAUGUUUGAAAACGAGAACAUAUACGUUGGAAUCAAGUCUGAGAACAUCCAUACUGUACAAGGGAAGGAUUGUCUAGCCACUGAAAUGAAUGAAAAAAUCAAGAAAGAAAUAGAAGACAUUGCAAAGAACAUAAAAAACAAAACAAACACACUUUUUAUAUUCUAUUAUUCAGAACACCAUGAUGAGUUUGGAAAUAUGUGGGUUGGUGGGCCUGUGCACAGUCUGCCUGAGCACAGUCUGCCUGUUGAAACUCUAAAAAAGGAUCUAUGUACAGUAGAUGCCACUAACAUGCUCUUCAUUCUGGAUGCAUGUUACAGUGGGAAAAUGGAAAUGGGAGCAAAGGGAAAUAAGUAUCCAAUUGUUCUAUGGGAUUUGUGGGAUAAGACUGGGGCAAAAGGUAACAGUACAAAGAUAGCAAUGCAGUGGUGUUCUUCACAGCCUUAUCAACAGUCUUUUUAUGGUGACCACCUAAGCUAUUUCACCUCUGCUAUAGUUAACGCUGUGAAUGGUACAUGCUUUACUGGACAAACACACAUUUUUGAAAAGUUUAAAUCAAGUCUUCCGACUGAUACAAAAGUCAUUACUUUAAAGAAAAUACACAACUGUGUAAGAGAUUCUGUCCAGAGCAGAAAACCGAAACAGAAACCGUUUCUGUUUCCAGACCACAGUGAUGAAAAAAUGAAAUCUUUUCCCCCUUUUGCUAACAAAAUAUGGUAGGAUGCUAUAGGCCUCGGCUGUGUCGUGGUUAAGCCAUCAGACAUAAGGCUGGCAGGUGCAGGGUUUGUAGCCCAGUACCGGCUCUAACCCAGAGCGAGUUUUAACGACUCAAUGGGUAGGAGUAAGGCCACUACACCCUCUUCUCUCUCACUAACAUCUGACCCACUGUCCUGAACAGACAGCCCAGAUAGCUGAGGUGUGUGCCCUGGGCAGUGUGUUUGAAACUUAAUUGGAUAUAAGCAUGAAAAUUUUAAAUCAAGUCUUCCAAUUGAUUCAAAAGUAAUUACUUUAAAGGAAAUACACAACUGUGUAAGAGCUUUUGUCCAGAGCAUUGACUCUCGACAGAAACCGUAUCUCUUUCCAGACCACAGCGAUGAAAAAAUUAAAAGAUUUCCCCCUUUUGCUAACAAAAUAUGGUAGGAUGGUAUAGGCCUCGGCGGUGUCGUGGUUAAGGCUGGCAGGUGCAGGGUUCGUAGCCCAGUAAAGGCUCCAAUAAAGCCACUACACCCUCUUCUUUCUCACUAACCACUAAUAACUAACCUAC